AUGUUCCUGCGUCGCGCUGCCGCUGCGAUCCGCCGCCCGGCGCCGUCGUCGUUCCGCCGGAGCUUCGCCAGCCUCCCGAACGACCGCAUCCGCAACGUGGCCAUCGUGGCCCACGUCGAUCACGGCAAGACGACGCUGGUCGACCAGCUCCUCAAGCACGGCGGCAACUCGAUCUCGGAGGAGCGCGUGAUGGACUCGAUCGACCUCGAGCGCGAGCGCGGUAUCACCAUCAUGUCCAAGUGCACGCGCGUUGAGUACGAAGGCAAGGUGCUCAACAUCGUCGACACGCCGGGCCACGCCGACUUUGGCGGCGAAGUCGAGCGCAUUCUGAGCAUGGUCGACGGCGUCGUCCUCGUCGUUGACGCGACCGAAGGGCCCAUGUCGCAGACCAAGUUUGUUUUGACCAAGGCGCUCAACCGCGGCCUCAAGCCGCUCGUGGUCGUCAACAAGGUCGACCGCCCGACGUCGCGCCUCGGCGGCGAAGUCGAGAACGAGCUCUUCGACAUGUUCGUGGCCCUCGAUGCGACCGACGACCAGCUCGAGUUCCCCGUGCUCUUCGCCUCGGCCAAGCAGGGCUGGGCCGUCAAUUCCCUCGACGAUGACGAGCCCCGGACGUCGAUGAAGGCGCUCCUCGACCAGAUCGUCGAGUACGUUCCCGCGCCGACGGUCGACCUCGACACGCCCUUCUCGAUGGCCGUGACCAUGCUCGGCCACGACCCGUACGUCGGUCGCCUCGCGACUGGUCGCGUGCACACGGGCAAGGUCAAGGUCGGUGAUGCGAUCCACGUCGUCAACCGCGACGGCCAGAAGGUCGAGUCGGGCAAGGUCACCAAGAUGUAUGUGACGCGCGGCAUGGUCAAGUCGGAGAUCCAAACCGCCGAAGCGGGGGAUAUCAUUACGAUUGCCGGCGUCAACGCGUACGUCUCGGACACGAUCGCCAACCCGGAGGUCGUGACGUCGAUCCCGUCGCCGCAGCUCGACCCGCCGACGAUCUCAAUGACGUUCGGCGUCAACGACUCGCCGAUCGCGGGCAAGGAAGGCAAGUUCCUCACGUCCGGGCACAUCAAGGAGCGCCUCACGCGCGAGACGGAGAACAACGUGGCCAUUUCGGUGACGGCGAGUGAGACCUCGGAGGCGUUCAACGUCCAUGGUCGCGGCGAGCUGCAAUUGGCGAUUCUGAUUGAGGAGAUGCGCCGCGAGGGUUUUGAGAUGUGCGUCUCGGCGCCCCGCGUGCUCUUCAAGCAGUGCGAAGAGACCAACAACAAGCUCGAGCCCAUCAAGACGGACACGCGCGGCAGUGGCAUCCUCAACUCGAUCUUCCACGGCUACGAAAAGUACCAGGGCUCGGCCUCGGUGCCGUCCAAGGGCAAGCUCAUCUCGUCGUGCAACGGCAAGACGACGACGUACGCCCUCAACAUGCUCGAAGAGCGCGGCGAGCUGUUCGUCAAGCCCGGCGAGGACGUGUACACGGGCAUGGUGGUCGGCGAGCACUCGCGCCCCAACGACCUCGAAGUCAACGCGACCAAGGAGAAGAAGCUCACCAACAUGCGUGCUGCGGGUUCGGAUGAGAACGUCCGCCUCUCGCCGGCGCGCCAAAUGUCGCUCGAAGACGUCGUGACGUACAUUGGCGAAGACGAGAUGAUUGACGUGAGCCCGACGCAGAUCCGCAUCCGCAAGCGGUUCCUCGACCCGAACGCGCGCAAGCGGGCGGGCAAGUAA